GCCACUGGGUGUUGACAGGGCACGACAACAAGGCUGCUGUGAUGCUAUUUUUGUCAGUAGAUAGGAGACAAAACAUUAUCAGCAAGAGUUAAUCCAUCUCCAUCCAGCAUCUCCAGGGCUGUAGCUCAGCACCUGAUCCUGACCUCUGACUUGUUUUCUGUGGCUUUCUCUUCUUCAUCUCGAUUGGCUUGAAAAUGACAUUUACUGAUACUGUUACCUGUUUUUUUUUUAGAUCAUAUGUUGUCCCAGGUUGCUGCUCAAGGAUGGAAAUCCUGUGUUAUCUUUGUUUUAGAUGAGUUCUGCAGAUUAUAAUACAGUGGCUAGUUUUAAUUUCAGUUGUUAGGCCUUUUUCUUUUAUUUCUUUUUCUCUCUUUAUUGUGACAGAACACCCAAAUUACCUUUUUUCUGUCCCCAUGCAGCAUCAACUAGUUUUUAUUAUUAUACCACAGCAAAACUAUAGAAUCCAGGUUAAGAUCAGUAUAAAAUCAAAUGUUACUUAAAGAAAUGCUUUGGGAUUUAUACUUGGAAACAACCUAAUGAAGAAAAAGACCCUAAUUAUUACUUUUAAACUGGUAGUUUUCAUGUAACAUCACUGAAAAAAGAAAUAUAUCUACCUUCCUAAUAUGAAUUUAGCCAAGACCAAAGCCUCUUAGAUUGCACGCCAGUGAUAUUUUUGGUCAUGAUUGGUUUUAUGAGUUUAUUUCUAAUAUAGUGUCUAUACUUAUUUCUGCCAUCUGCCAUGACUCAGUGAACCCUGCAUGUGAGUGUGUGUGAGCAGACUGAAAACAGCACUGACCCAUAUAACAUGUCAACAGCAGCAGGCAGCCUGUUUGCUGUAACCGUGACGUAACGCCGCCGCUGGGGCUCGCUUGUGCCUGGCACGUGUGCUCUGACACGAGCUGGAGAGCCACGCCAAAUUAGGCAUCCACGUGAGGGAGGGAGGGGGAGAGAGAGGGGGCAGACACAGUGGUGAUAACAGUCAUUUAUAACAAAAACAAUGAUUGCAAAUAUUGGUUCAGCUGUUUGUAGUUGCAGUGGUGGAAUUUACGUACAUUUGCCCAAGUACUGUAUUUAAAUUUGAGGUACAUGUCCUGUAUUUACCACUUAACUAUUGUGAAACAGCUGAAGUUACUGCAGUGAUGAUGAGUUUAGUCCUUUAUCGUGCAAAGAUGGCAAAUAUUUAAUCUCUCCAAAUUCUCAGAUGUGAUUUACUGAUUUUAAUAUUCUUUAUUCACUUCGAGGUUUGUAGCAAGAAAGGGUGUAAAUAUUGUAAUUGUGAAGGGCGUCUCCAUGGAUGGAUUACUGAAUGGGCCUACUGGGCACAGGACCAGGGGCCCAAUGGGUGUGUGGGUCCCCUGUGCCAGACCCUCUGUUUCAGCAAUCUGCCGAUUAAUCCAUGAUGAAAUUAAUUGUUAACUGCAGUCAGAUAGCUCCACUUCAACCAACCACAACAAUAAUAUCCUGCUUUUACAUUACUACACAGUCCCAGAGGCCAUUGUUCUAGUACUGAGUACUUUAAACACUUUCCCUUAUCACAGUCCUACCUACAUACUUUUACUUCAAUGUAAGAUUUGUACCUGUAACAGAGUGUUUCUACAGUGUGGUAUUAGUGUUUUUGGUUUAGUAAAGGAUCUAAAAACUCCCUAAAAUUGUUAUUUUUGCAAGUUUUAAUUCCUCCGCCAAGCUGUAUAGGUCUUUGGCAGCGGGAUACCUGGUUGCUAGGCAACGCAAAACGGCGUGAGCGCUGAGGGCGUGAGUGGCGAUUUUCGGCGCAUUAAUAUGUAAAUUAGCCAACUGUGAGGCGGUCACAGAUUAAUCAUAUUUCUGUUUUAAAAGCAAUGGACAAAUAAAAUCGCGUGACGAGCUGUUGAUAAAAUUUAUCCCCUUUAAGUAUAUUUUUUCUUUUUAAGAGAAGACAGGUUCAGCCACAUAGAACAAUUGGUAACAUCUCUUUCUUUAAAUUUUGUUUUUACAUUUUUUUUAAGGUAGUGAGAAAGUAGACCCAACCGUUGAUUCUCUUUCAUAAUUCAAAAAUGGCUACAAUAUUGGCAGUGACAGUGGUUUAAAAGCAUAGCUACGUUAUAUACUCCCCUCCCUCCUCCGUAUCUCUGCCAUAAGCUCCCCUACUCUUGCUAUCGUAUGUGGGUUUUUUUUCCUCCGUCUUCUCCUGAGUCAUUGUGCUGAAACACCGGCGGUCGGUCUCCUGUGGUUUUUAACGGUUUUCGGGCUCUUGUCAGGUCCCUGCAGUGAAAAAAAAACGACGACCGUUAGGAUGACGAAAGUAGCUUCAAGCCGUCAUGACAUGACAGCACUGGCCCCUCCUCCUGCGCCGCUGCUCACCAAUAGGCAUGCAUCACCUUCCCGAUCGCCAUCCAGUCACCACAGCCCUCCAGGCUCCCAGCUGCAUUUAGCAAAAGAGCGACGGGACAACAAAGAGAAGACACAAGAGCUGUCGGACGUGCUGCGAGAUAAGGAGCGUCGGGCGCAGCAGCAGCUGGAGCGCUGCGCCGAGGAGCGCGGGAGGAAGAUGGAGGAGCAGAGGAGGAAGGAGCAGCAGCGCAGGGCGGCGGCUGAGGAGAAGAGACGGCAGCAGCAAGAGGCAGAAAAGGAGAGGCUGGAGGCCCUGGUCCGCCGGAGAGCCGGGACCGCCGAGACAAGAGGAGGAGGGGGUGGAGGAGGAGGAGGAGGAGGAGGAGGAGGUGUUGGAGGGGAGGCUCGGGACCACCUGGAUAACAGGCCCAAACGGUGGACGUGGGGAGGACCGCCUGAUGGAGUAGAGGGUAACCCUAAGACCCCGCCCUGCCAUGCCAUUGGCUCCGCUCAGCCCAAUGAGCUUCCCGCUGCUUCCAGCGCCAGCCAAUCCCGCAACGUCGUUGACUUCCUGUCUCCGCCCGCCAUGGAUCCACCACUGAACAAACAGCUCUCCAACUCUUCAGCUGCUCUCCACUCACCAGAGAGAGUGUCUUUUGUGUCCCAUCGAACAGCUUCCCCCAACAACCACAGACCGUACAGAAGUUCCUCCAACCGCAGGAGCAUCGCUGGAUUCCCCGAAGAGACGUCCAAAGCCAAAACACCCACGGGGGAGACUCCAAACACACCGGUCCGCAGUGCUUCCUUCAGGGCCAACAGUAAAGGCCCGGCCACACCGAAACGGGUGAGGUCGACCAGGAGUCGCGCCCAGUCUCCCUGCUCUCCCGGACAGUACCCCCCCUCCCCGCUCAGGCAGAGAGCCACCACCCCCGGCGCCGACGACAGGGGUCACACUGAGGUCAAAGGUCACAGCACCCUGGAGAGGAAAUCAACCAAAUCUGAAACUUCAGAGAAGAAGAUCCCCAAAUCCACCAGCAGAGAACUGACCGCAGAGUCUCCAGGAACACCCACAGGCAGGAGUGUUGGUGGGACGACGGAUGCUGAGGAGGCGUCCAGGCUGCUGGCAGAGAGACGACGUCUGGCCCGAAUACAGAAGGAGCAGGAGGAGAGACAACGGCAGGAGGAGGAGAGGCUGAGGGCUGAGGAGGAGCAGAGGAGGCAGCAGGAGGCGAGAGAGCGGCAGGAGAGAGCCGCACGGCAGGCCGAGGAGGAGAGGGUGAGGAGGGAGGAGGAGAGGAGGAACAGGGAGGAGGAGGAGAGACGACAGAAGGAGCAGAGAUGGAAGGACAUGCAGGAUCAGCUGGACAGAGAGAGGGAGGAGGCCUUCCUGCGAGCCCAGAAAGAAGCUGAGAGGAAGAGGCAGGAGAGAGAGCUGCUGCACAUCCAGGAGGAGCAGGAGCGACUGCAGAGGAAGAAGAGAAUUGAGGAGAUUAUGAAAAGAACAAGGAAGAGUGAGGUGGAGCCUCCAUCUGUCGCCUCAGUUUCACUUUUUUAUCGUCUGACACGAGAGCCUGAGGCUCCAGUCACUUUGGAGGAAGACAUCCCGACUCCUGCUGAAGCCCCCAUCAUCAUGCUGGGACCCCUGGAGAAUAAGAGCUGCGUGGACGAGCUGUCUGACGGAGUCCAGUCCAUGGACGUCAGUUCUCCAUCUGUCUCCAUCAGUCCAGUGUCCAGGGAGGAGCAGGCGAGCGCUCAGGAGUUUUCGCCCGUCACCGAGGGAACGGACGGCUGCCCUCUGGAGCACCUGAUGGACCUGGACGCCCCGGGCCCAGGACAGCAGAGACAGGGCGCGGAGACGCCCCCCUACCCGAAGCUGCAGGCCGGCAGCGGGGUCGGAGACCUCAACAAGAACCUGCUGAUCCAAGCGUACAGCGCCGCCUCUGAGUCCACCCAGCUCAUCCACAGCGUCGGGCCGAGCAAACUGGACGUCCAGUAGCCAGGACCUUUUCCAGGAGCUGGCAGGUUCAGUAGAAACAGGAACCAGGAGAAACAGACCAAGAGACCAUCACCUCCGUCUGCAACUACAACUACAACUACAACUACAACAAUCAUCAUUUCCACAAGGAACAACAGCUGAACACCUGAUUUCUCACCUGUAUUACCAAACCACACACACGCAUUACUGUUACGCUUCUGGCCACAUUUUCAGGCAGCGCAAAUGGGCAAUUUUGACUCGUAGAAACACAACAGAGUUUGGCAAAAUCAUGCAAAUAAUGUGAAGCAUAUUUAUGAUAGUAAAAUCAGUCAUUUGUCAUAUGAAGGGGUGAAGUUUAGGGAGGUGAAAUGACUGUAAAUGUAAGUUCAUAGUCAGGUUUAUUUAUCUAAAACUUUGAGGAUUGACGCAGCUAAAAUCUGCAGUUUAAUCCACUCUCAUUCAUCCAUCGAUUCAUUUACAGAUUACACACGUGAAUUCAUUUAAGACGUCUGUUGAAGCCAAUAUUGCUCAGCUGCACUGCCACCAAAUAUCACUCGAGCAUCAUCCGCUUUAAUCUCUCACCCCUGCUUUUGUAAAACUCUGUAAAUAGGUGUGACUGGGCGGUGGAGUCCGUCGUCGUAGGGACAGGGAGCGGCUCUGUAGCAGUUUAUCUGGAGGGAGGCUGUAAAACGGACGCUGUCGUGUGAAUCCUGUGUAGCAUCUUCAGUGAGGACUAGCUAGUCGAGCUGUUUUAUGGCCGUGGUCGUAGCUUUGUACUCCAACAGUGUGUGGGAGUUUCUCUCUUUCUCGUCAGUGUUUCUGAUGGUUACUGUGUGUUUAUCUCACCGCUGACCUGCUCUUCUGCCGACAGCGACUCCCACUUCUGUAAAACCCAGUCUGCUGUAGAUUUCCUGUCAUCCUGAUGCUGGAGAAAACCACCGACUGAUAUUAUAACCCCCUGCUGUCGCCCCGUUAAACACGUAGAGCCUAUAGCUUUGGUUUCUCUGCUGCUCGUCACUUAAUUGAUGGACGUUUUGUGGACCAGCAACAAUCCACAGCAAGGAUUUGACGCAAACAUAGGGGGGUAAAGGGUACAAAAAAAAUACAAAAUGUCCUGUAUUUUUAUCUGCAGGUCAGGAAAAUAUUGACACAGUGUGUUGUGUGUUUGUCUGGCACUGACUGUAACCACGCAAGCUGCAGUUUAUAGUGUGCACUUAACAGUAGUUGUGUGUUUCACUGCUCUGAAGACGCUUACAUCUCCACCUCAGCUCAUUCUCCCCCGACUAAAAUAUACCUCACCGAUUCAGAACAGACUCUGGUGUUAAACAGCGUCACCACCUCGCAGCUCAUCACCUCUGAGGCCUUAAACCUCUGUGCAGUCAGCGUCCCGUCCUCUGUGCUUCACCCAUCCAGCAUGUGCACUUUUUGCCAUUUAAAGGCCCUUUUCCACUAAAAUACCCGGGAAGCAGUUACGUGAAAGCAAGGUUGGAUUACAGUCCUGGGGCCACAGACACCUCAGGGGCCCCAGAACUGAUCCCUGGGUGAUCAGGGCCAUAGCCAGGAUUUUAGAAACACUGACGUAAAAAGUCUACAUUCCCCCAGCAGAACCACAUCCACCUUAGUGCAACCACCAACCAAACUCUGAGCAUUUUUUUGAGUAUUUAAGAAAAAUCACCUUUUAUUCAUCCAGUUAAAGAUGUUUGCAGAUUUUUUUCUGCCUCCAUUACAAUUCAGUGCUGGGUAUGUUAUUCUGGUGGAGAAUACUUGACGAGUCACUAACCAAACUCCCUUCAUAUUUCUGAGUAUUUAAGAAAAAUUGGCUUUUAUUUAUUCGGCUGUACUUUUGCUUUCCCUACAGCACAGUCUGGUGCCAGCUAUAUUAUUCUGGUGAAGAAUUCUCAGUGAGCCACCAACCAAACUGUGUGCAAUUGUUUGAGUAUUUAAGGAAAAAACACAUUCUACUUAUUCAGCUUUUCAUUUAUAUUAUUGUGUAUUUGAUUUCCCCACAUUAGUCUUGCCCCUGGUUUGUCAGUGUGGUGCAAAAUACUAAAAUCCUUCCGUUUUUAAAAUUCAUUUACUGAGCUUUUUGGCCAAAAACAGUCAAAUAAUUUAAGAAUCAGCCUUAAAAAUACAACAUGUGCAGUAUGUGUGUAAUUGUUGAAUGUAAACCUUCUUUAUUCCAUUAUAAACCUUCACAUUUUCCAGAAAUAAUACUGAGGACUCAACGAUAACAUUAGUUUUAAUUUUUACUCCAAAGAAAGAUGGUGGUGGUGGUGAGAGUGUGAUCUUUGUCACUGGGAUGUUUUUAGAGGAGCGAGGAAUCAACAUUGGGUCCAGGUGCAAAUAGAGUUUCCUGUUGUGGAAAAGGGGUUUUCCCCGUCACUGCUGCAACCCUCAGCGCUUUGUUUGUUUUUUUUUUUUUUAACGUUUUCACGCUCCUGUCGGCUUCCAGAUUCUGCUGAAACUCAUUAGAAGAGGGUCUCCUGGGUCCCCCUGUAUAUGACGUAAAAAUAAAGGACAUAAUGUUUAUCCUAAUAUUACUUAAACUCUGUGACACUGCAGCUUGGUGGAAUAUAUCAUUGUAGAUGUGGUGCAUGGAAAACUGCUGAAAAAGAACAAUAAACUUCAUCAAGCCAUUUGUGUCAGUGAGCUGGAUAAAUAAACAAAUGUAUAAUAAUGAGAAACAGACACCUCUGGUGACAAACUGAAGUGAGAUGAAAGAUUCAGAGUCUGUAUGAGAUGUUUAGUCUUUGACAUUCAUAACAAGUGAUGUAUGAAAUGACAAAUCUAGUGUAGGGCUUAAUGCAGCCACUUUUAUUUCUCAUUAUAUCUCACUGUGUAUUGACUUUAUGCUGCACUGAAAUUAAAACUGAUCUGCAAAAACUGGA